AUGGAGUCAACUAAGAAGCGUGUCCUUUUUAUUUGUUUAGGAAAUAUCUGUCGCUCUCCGAUGGCCCAUGCAAUAUUCGAACAUUUGGUAAAAGAAAAUGGCACUUCACAUAAGUGGGAAGUUGAUAGUGCUGCCAUCGGAGACUGGCACAUAGGAAAACAGCCAGACAAAAGAGCACUGAAAGUCUUGAAAGAGAAUGGAAUCAUUUUCCGGCAUACCGUACGACAGAUUAACCCAAACGAUUUUGAAGAAUUUGAUUACAUUUUUGGAAUGGAUCAUAUGAAUAUGAGGGAUCUCGAGGAAAUCAGUGGCUGCAAAGAAAGUAAAGCUAAAUUAGAAAUGUUAGGCAAAUAUGAUCCAGAAAACAUCCUUGUCAUUCCGGAUCCGUAUUAUGAUACACAAGCGGAAUUUUAUCCCGUCUAUGAACAAUGUUAUCGAUGCUGCAAAGCAUUUUUAGAAACCUUUCACUGA